CGUCAGAAGGCUGAACUCCAGCAUAAGAAAGAGGAGGAAGCGGCAAAGAAACUGGAGAAAAAAGAUCGCCUCUCUGCCAAACUACAGCUGGCUCAGCUGCAGGAGCUGAAGGGGGGCCGGAAAGGAAAGUCACGGGGAGGGCGCAGAGACAAAGACAAAGAUCGUUGUUACAACUGUGGCAAGAGUGGACAUUGGGCACGAAACUGCCGCAAAGGGGACAACAACAAAAGAAAGGAUGGGGCAAGCGAGUCAGAUUGACUAUGUGGUGGGAGUGCGAGGACGGCCGAAUCUGGUGACGACAAACCAACCCGGGAAACCAACCAACACUUCAGACACGUGAGAGCACUGACACUAACACAAACACAGAAACACACAACACACAUGUCAUGACUGAUGUAGAGUAUGAACUUGUCACUGAUGCGAUUCUGCACCUUGAAUCUAAACAGAGAGAGAGUGAGCAUAGCAGUAUGCUGGCUGAUUUUUCAGCAAAGGCAUAUAAAAAAUGCCUAGAUAUACACUGUCAGUUAAGGGUGUUGAACUCUCUUUCUUGGUGGAUUCCGGAGCUGCAGAAUCAGUCGUGAGACGUUGUGAAUUUCCUCCUGAAGUUACACCUAAGCUCAGUGGGAGAUAUCAGAAAACAAUUGGGGUUGCAGGGGUAGCAAUUGUUGAAAAAUACACUGCUCCACUGACUUGUUUUGAUUCUGACAUGGGGAAAUCUUUCAAACACUCAUUCUUGUAUUCUGACAAAUGCCCUGUCAAUCUGAUGGGACGAGAUCUCAUGUGUAGAUUGGGUAUUGUAUUGAUUUGCACACCUGAAGGCGUUCAGGUAAAGAGAGUGAAUGACUUGAGGGAAAAUUGUGCUUUUUUCAAGCACGCUGAGGGACAGUUCAUGUGCGAAUGGAAGGUGAAUCUACCCCCAUCUGUUUUACUGCAGUUCCCAGAGACACACACACAUGCUGACGUCACAUGCCUGCACUGCACGGCACACAUGGCCUCUGUCUCACACGCUGACUGUGAUAAUGAAAAUGCUUUCUGUGACUCAGAACAGGAAAGGGACAGGUUACAGCUAGAUUGUUUGUAUUGGAAUGACGUUAAUUGUGCUAUCUUGGUGAAACUUCCUAAUCGAUGGCGUGAGUUAAAUUUGGCACAAAACUCUGAUCCACACAUCUCACUGGUGAAUCCCAGCGACACGGACCUGGGUCUGUGGGUGCGGGAGCUGAACGCCUCUCCAUGCUGGAGAACUUCCACCGAUCCUCAUAUUGAUUUUAACGAUGCAAUGGGAGUACACAGAAAGAAACUAGGUUGUGUCAUUGAGAUUUCUCGUUCUCUUACGGUUACAGACAAAACUGUUUCCGAAGCUGACUGGUGUAUGGUUAAGUCUGUUGCUGACAUCCCAGAGCUACAGCAGGUUCCUGCACAUCUCUGGGCUCAAAGUAAAUAUGAUGUUGGCUUGAUAAAAAAUUGUGAGCCUGUGAUAAUCACACCUAAAUCUGACUACAGACCCUGUCGUAAUCAAUAUCCUCUCAGGCGUGAAGCAGUGGAAGGCAUUAAACCUGUGUUUGAUGCCCUGUUGAAGGCAGGCGUGAUUGUUCCGUGUCCAAACUCUCCUGUGAGGACGCCUAUCUUUCCGGUGCGUAAAAUACGACCCGAUGGCGAACCUGCUGAGUGGAGAUUUGUGCAAGACCUGCAAGCUGUAAAUGCUGCGGUACAGGCCAGAGUGCCCAUGGUUCCAAAUCCACACACAAUUCUGUCUCAAGUUCCAGCUGAUAGCAAGUGGUUCUCAGUAGUUGAUCUGUCAAAUGCAUUCUUCAGUGUUCCGGUGCACCUGGACAGUCAAUUCUGGUUUGCAUUUUGUUUUGAGGGGAAAAUGUGGACUUUCUCGCGUUUAUGUCAAGGUUUCUCGAAGUCCCCAACAAUCUAUAAUUCUGCUUUGCAUGACAGUUUGGAGACCCUUGUACUGCCCGAAAGUAGUGCUUUGUUGCAGUACGUUGAUGACCUUUUGGUUGCGAGCGCAACCAGGGAAGGCUGUGUUAAAGACACCAUUGCCUUGCUGACUCAUUUGGCUGAACAGGGCCACAAAGCCAGCCUGUCAAAGCUACAGUUUGUUUCACAAGAAGUCACAUUUUUGGGUCACGUGAUUUCUCCUGAGGGAAAAACCCUCACACCCAAACGCAUUGAAGAUAUUCAAAAAAUCCCGAAACCCCAAACAAAGAAACAACUCAUGUCUUUUUUGGGAAUGACAAGCUACUGCAGGCAAUGGGUUCCUAAUUAUGCUGAAAUUGAGGCACCAUUAGCAGCAAUUGCUCAUGGGAAAGGCCUGAAAGCAUCUGAUCAUGUCAUUUGGACCCCUGAAGCAGAGAAAUCUUUUGUUGAUUUGAAACUUUCUUUGCAAACACCUCCGACUCUUGGACUGCCUGACUGCACACGACCAUUUACCCAGACUGUUGACGAAAAGGGUGGGUACAUGACUUCUGUGCUGCUGCAAGCACACGGGGGGAGACAGCGACCUGUAGCUUAUUUCUCAUCAAAACUCGACAGUGUGGCUGCAGGCCUGCCUCAUUGUCUUAGGGCUGUGGCUGCUGCUGAGAGGGCAGUUGUUGCAUCACGUGACAUUGUAGGUUAUGCUGAUUUGACCUUGCUGGUCCCACAUGCAGUGUCUCUCAUCCUCCUUGAGCAAAAGACUUCACAUCUUUCUGCUGCGAGGUGGUUGCGUUACAAUGCUGUCCUGUUGGAAUUACCAAACAUCAAGGUGAAAGCUGCCCUGCCCAAGCCUGCAGAAGGAAAGCUGCACAAUCUCAAUCCAGGCGACUACGUUGUGGUCAGAGAUCUGAGGCGAAAGAACUGGAAGGCUCGCAGGUGGAAUGGUCCGUUCCAGGUGCUUUUGGUGACGGAGACAGCAGUGAAGGUUGCAGAGAGGGCUACGUGGAUACACGCCAGUCACUGCAGACGGGUUCCGGAUCCGAGGGCACAUCGCAACGAUGAUCGAGACACCAAAGCUGUGGCAUCCCUUUAGGCGCCUGGAUGGUGUGGCAGGUGCUACUUGGCUAAGUUGCUGCCUGCUGUGACUAUUGUUCCUGAUCUGACUCAUUUUCACACAGACUAUGACCACUAUUACCCAUCGCACAAAGCGAAGCAAGCUGUGGUAAGGGUGCCCCCUGUGGAGAAGGGUUUUGGGGGUUUCCUGCUAUGGUGGGGAACAGUAAACAAUGCACACAAGAUUGAUGCUGUAGCGGUGGACUUGGAAAAUCUCACAGACAGCGUGACUACAGGGUUCAGCGCACUCACCCCGACAGUACAGGGCCUCAGGAAUGUGGCUCUGCAGAACAGGAUGGCUCUGGAUUUGAUCCUGGCCAGCCAAGGGGGAGUGUGUCACAUUGUGGGUACUGAUUGCUGCACAUACAUUCCCGACAUUACUGACAACAUGACACAUGUGGUUGCUCAUCUUAAUGACCUGUUACAUCUGGAGAAAAGCCGUGACACUGAAGGUGGAGAAGGUGUGGACCUGUGGUCCUGGUUUUCUUUUAAUGGAUGGAAAGUGUCAUUAAUGCGUCUGUUUGCCCCUGUCAUACCAGUUCUGUUGAUGCUAUGCGUCUUUAUGUGUUGCAUUAUUCCUUGUGUGAGAUCUAUGAUCACAUCAAUGAUCACGUCUGCUGUGGGGCACUACGUGCAGAUGGAUCUGUGGAUUCCUCCUUAUAAUUCACAGGAGUCACUCGUUUAAGUUUUCCUGAUUUGCAGUUAACUGUUUAGUUUAGAAAUGUAUUACUCAUUAAAUUUAUUCUCCAGGAGUGUGUUUUCAAUCACAUUUCCACAUAUUCAUAUAGUUUAAAUCACCUUUCGCAUUGAUUAACCUCAUUUAUCGCACUUUUCUCUUUCAUUUUUUUCCCUUAAUUGUUUCCACUGCCUUUGUGUGUUAUGCUUACUUUGCUUUAGCUUGGAAUGUAGUAUAAGGGAUUUUUGCCCUCACCGUAUAGAGGUUUUUUCCCUUAUUAGAUAGUGUAGCUAGAUGGUCAAGUCUUUUACCUUUUUCCUGCGUCAAAAGGGAGGGGGAUGUUUGGCUUGUCCAUGCUUAUGACCUGUGACCUCUGCCUGCUUUUCCACACCUCUGAUGUUCAGAGUGAACUGGUGGUACCGGCGUUUGGCUGGUACAGGUAGAACUCGUAGGACAUAAGGUAGCAAGAUAAUUUUCCAUGCUUAUGGUUUAGCAUGAGAAUGCUAAAAAGGGAGGAAUGUGAUGGAAAAUUCUGGUAUUUGGUUUUGCUAUGAUGUAUGAUGUGUGUUGCUCAUUUUACCCCUACUGUGACAGCAGUGAGAGACACCAAGGUCACGAGCCAGGGAGGCUCAGACACCAAGAUUAUGAGCUAGGGAGGACAACAAGUGUCCUUAUUAGUCUCAAGAGAUGUUGUGUUUUAGGAAUGCCAAGGUGUCACAUAUUUUGACUGUUGAUGUGCAUGUGUUAUGGGAACUAUAAAGAUAGCAGGGCGAGAAGACUUGCUAGGCACUCGCUCACUGACUGACUGUUCAUGCGGUUGUAUGUUUGAGUGUCUCCAUUCAUGAAUGCUUAUUAAACU